UGAAAGGUGCGUUCAGGAACAAAAGUGUUUGUUCCUACCCGAGCCACAAAAACGGUUGCGCCGUCAGUGAGGUUUGCUAACAUUGCUCAUUUCAGUUUUGCCAAUGGACUGACAUCAGCCAGCACUGAUGCUGCUGAAGGAUCUGCCCAGAGACGCCCUGCUGCGGCCCCUGUCCAGGAAUGAAGUGAUUGGCAUGUUGGUGAGGCUGAGCAUCUUUGGUGCUGCCACAUACUACAGCAUCAAAUGGGUGGUGGAGGCGAUGGACCCCACCUCUAAGCAGAAAAGCCAGGCCAAAAAACGGGCAGAGGAGCAGAUGAGGCGAAUAGGCUUGGAGGGCAUCACACUGACUGAGUAUGAGAUGAACAUUGCAUCCCUUUUAGUCGAUCCCCAAACUAUCAAGGUGUCUUGGAGAGAUAUAGCUGGUCUGGAUGAGAUCAUUAAUGAGCUGCAGGACACCGUUAUACUACCGUUUCAGAAAAGACACCUUUUACCCAACUCUAAACUCUUCCAGCCUCCUAAAGGUGUUUUAUUGUUUGGUCCUCCGGGAUGUGGGAAGACCAUGAUCGCCAAGGCAACAGCCAAAGCCUCAGGCUGCAAGUUUAUCAACCUGCAGGCCUCCACGCUGACAGACAUGUGGUACGGGGAGUCGCAGAAACUGACCGCCGCCGUCUUCUCGCUGGCCAUCAAAAUCCAGCCAUGUAUUAUCUUUAUCGACGAGAUCGAGUCAUUUCUAAGAAACCGCUCCAGUCUGGACCACGAGGCCACAGCCAUGAUGAAGGCCCAGUUCAUGAGCCUGUGGGAUGGGCUCGACACUUCUUUAACCACCCAGGUGAUGGUGAUGGGAGCCACCAACAGGCCGCAGGAUGUGGAUCCGGCGAUUCUGCGAAGGAUGCCUGCCACGUUUCAUGUCGGCCUGCCGAACGCAAAGCAGAGAGAAGACAUCCUCCGGCUGAUUUUAGCAGGAGAAAAUCUGAGCAACGCCAUAAAUCUGAGGGAGAUUGCCGAGAAGACCGACGGAUACUCGGGCAGCGACCUCCGAGAGCUCUGCCGCGACGCCGCCAUGUACCGGGUCAGGGAUUUCGUCCGCAAGGAGCAGAUCAGGCAGAUUGCGCAGCAGCUGCAGAGCUACGAGGAGGAGGAAGGGCCCGUCAACGAGGAUCGGUUACGGCCGGUGACGCAGCUGGACCUGCUCUUCGGCCUCGACAAGAUGAAGGAGUCCAAGCAGGCCACGGCUGCUAUCCUACCCGUCGUGGCAGAGGUUCCUCUGGACUGAGCGCCAUUGUUAGGAAGACUCCACUCACCUUGUUAGUGGCUGCGCGGUCCAGCUCUGAAAGCAGACCACUAGGAAGGUGCCUUUGGAAAGGCAAGAGACAAAAAUCCAGUUUUUCGGCUUGGUAGAAUCCUGCAGGCCAUUUUAAUAUUGAGCAUACCCCUCAUCUUCUCCACCCACCCGUACAUGUGACCAGGUAGAAUAAAUGAGAACUGUGCAAUACCGGCUGCUAGCUUAAUGCAUGAGAGAACUGUCAAUGUCCAUUUGUCUAGGAGCGCAUAUCAGUGAUAAUUAAUAUUUCAUAGAAGGUCAAAUGCCAUUAAAUGUUCCGAGAGUUCAUCUGAAAAGGAGAAGCUGAUAAAACACGUGACCUUUAGGCACAGUGGCCUUUUGAAUCAGCCUUAUUUUUCUAAAUUGUCAGAUUGAGCGCAAAAGCACCUUGAAAAGAAAUGAAUCGAGGAAAUAUUUUUCAGUUCUAGUGUUUACAGAUUAGAUCCAAAAUUGGCUCAGUUUCCAAUUCCUAGCCCUUUAUCUCACCAAAUUGAAUGGAAAGUGUAGUGACUGAAUGUUUUUAAAGAUAAUCUUAACAUGGAGUUUGAUCCAUAUUUUCUGUUUGUGGAUUACAUAACCGUUUUUUUUUUUAUUGUUUAAAGAGUUACGUCUUUGUUUUUAUAUGGUAAAUCCAUACAUGUAGAGUCAAAUUUGAGGACCAGCAUGUGGGUCGUACAACUUGUGCUCCUGAGGAGUUUUAUUCUAAAUAAAUACGCCUGAUAUUGAUUUUUGGUCGGACGUCGGCCACAACAAAGGGAUCUAACAGUUCGGUUUCAUAGCUGCCUUUGUGCAGUUGUUUAACUUGAAGUGAAAAUAAAGCUAAAUGCAGAAUGGAAGAUAAUGUAAUUAAGUGAAAAGUGCGCUUGGAUUUUAUGAAAAUUAGCAAAUGAUGUGAACCACGGCUGAAGGCCUCAAUUAUUUAUAUUUAAGUACAUGGCUGUAAAAAGGCUUAAUUUCAUAAUAAUAAAUAAAAUAUUUGAUGAGAAGCUUCAGGGGAAAAAAAAACAUGAAAAGACACUGAAAUGGAAACUGAAAGAGUACCUCCCACUGUCACUAAGGUAACACUGCUCUACUUACUACAGACGAAUACUGUGACACUCUGCAGUGCGAUGGAAUUUAUAGUCGUCUAAUAGUUACCAUUAAAAAUCUUUGCGUACACAAAAAUGAAAGCUCAGUAGUUGCUUCUAGUAACGAUGUCUUGUCACAGGCUCUUUAAAACUGCAGUUAGCAAAACAUGAGCUGCACGUUGAACAGCUGAUGCUAAGUUGGCUACCUGAGCAGAUAGCCUGACUAAUUAAUCACGUAACACAUUUUCUGUACAAGACAAUUCAAUGUGCUUUACAUAAAAAUCAAAAAGCGUGAGAGUUUAAAAUCACACAUAUUUAAGCAUCAUUGACAAAUUAAGUUAGAAAUAAAAAAAAUGUAGAUAAAGAUUUUUCAGCUGUCGUAUGCACAGCUAAAAAAAAAUAAAAAAAUGUUAUUAGGCUGGAUUUAAAAAAAAAAUGUCAGAGUCUAACCCAGCCUCACUUUUUUCCGAUUUCAACAAAGUACCUCAUGUCUUUGAGAUAUUAAUUAAGCAGCUAAUAUCAGCUGGUUAUACUUCCUGUGUUACUCUGUAAAGGACCUCAUGGAAGAAAAAGGUUAAUAGCAGUAAGCAUGUUUAUUUGGAAACUACUAGUGCUUUUAAGGGUCCGUUUUUUUUAUUUGCUCAUGUUUAUGCAUCAAAAAUAACUAUAUAUAACAUACAUGGUAUGAUAAAGAAAGUAGUAGUAGAACUAGAAUAGUCAAUAUUUUAGUAGCAGCAGGAAUCGUUGCUUUUCUCUUUUAAACUUUCAGACCAAGUUGUCAGAUCAUUAAAUAUUUUUUGUUGUGGUUUUUUUUAGCCAUUAUUUUUUUUUUUGCCAUAUAUAUAUAUAUAUAUAUAUAUAUAUUUUUUUUUUUUUUUUUUGCUUUCUGUCAACUGAAGCCUUAUCUUUGGCCAUCUGGUUAGAGUGUGUGUAAAAUGGAUCUGCUGUGGGUGUCAUGCAGCUGUUUUCCUCUGGCGCCCACUGAGCAAGCUGGACCCUGUUCAUCAUUCAUCCACGCAGUGGCGCUGUAGAUUCACCAUCCUGUCGCCCGGGCAGCCGUUACCGACCCACUCUUACUCUGAGCAGUGUUACUGCACAACGGGAAACAAAUGAGAUGCCGUGUUGUCGCUCCCUUAUUGGUUUAUCCAGUGAUGUUGAGCCAUCUGUUGCUCUUCAUUAAAUAACCUCAGGUGACAGUUAAAGGUCAGAUGGCGCCGUGUGAGCCGCUGCUGCUUGUGAAGCUUAAGUCAAAUUUCUAAAUGUUUUCUUUCAGUGUAAUAUCACUGACAAGGUCCUUGAUCAGUUAUCACAGACGCUCCACAUCCGUCACACAGUGAUCGUGUGUUAAAUGUUGUAUGUGUAUGUAUUUGAUGUGAAGUAUUAAAUAUGUUCUGUAAAUUAUAUUUAUUAAAUUCUGUUGGGGGGAAAAAAAUCAUACUAGUUUUGUCAUUUCACAAUGCAACUCGUGUAAUAACUUCCAAUGAUCGCAGUGAAACCGUAGUGUUUGAUUUUUAAAGAACUGCUGUGUGAAAUUUUUCGAGCGCGUUUGAAUUAUUUAUAGUGAUUUAUUUUUGUUUUUUUCUCUUCUUUUAAUACUAUAUACGGUAAGACAUAAAUGUGUUUGAACUUAAAUAAAGGCACUAAACUGUUUAAUGUUUAACCCUCCCGCGGUCUUAAGAGAUGGGAUCAGUUAGACGACUCAAGUUUUUUUUACUUUGUGCGCGGUCCAGCGGGGUCGCACUGACCCACUAUGUGCUUUUACAAGGUUUUUUUUCCUGUGUGUAUGGUUUUGGGAUGGUUAUGGUGUUGCCCUGUGACAGACUGGUGACCUGUCCAGGUUGUCCCCCGCCUCUCUCCCGGAUCGUUAGCUGGAGAUAGGCACCAGCACACCUCCCGACCCCACUAAGGGACAAGGGUGUAAAGAAAAUGGAUGGAUAGUUUUGGGAACUGACGGUCUGAUGGGAUGACCUCCAACCCAACUCCCUGCUGUCCGACCGCGACAUUUGCCGCGCUCCUACUGAGGGUUGAAGCUACAGCUCAGAAAAUAAGUUCAAUAUUUUGUGUCACUCAUUUUAGAAAGAAAAACUCACAUUCAUCUCACCUGGCAUUAAAUAUUCCAACACUCUCUUGCAAUUUUAAUGAAAAUGGCUUAAAAAAACAAUUAAUUUAGUGUCUCAGAAAAUGCAGAUAUUAUAUAGGAUUCAUUGCGUCGGAUAUUUUAAAGAGAAAUGUGCAGCCCUUCAUAGUAAAGUAUGUGCUUUUCUUUGCAUUCAAGACUUGGUUGGGACGCCUUGUGCAUGUAUUACUGCGUCAGUAAAUGAAGGGACAGGAAGGAAGAGACGCAACAAGCCGGUCAGAAGGGCCGGCUCAGUUUUGGACUAUUCUCUGGACUCCUUUGAGGAGGUGGGCGAGAGGAAAACGGUAGCUAGGAUAAAAUCAGUUAUGGUGAACUCCUCUCAUCCACAGUAGGAUCCUUUAGCUGCUCCGUCAGCAGCAGACUGAUACACCCACAGUGUAGGAAGGAGAGACACCGCAGGUCAGUCAUACCAACUGCUGUCAGACUACAUAACACCUACAACCAGUAAUGUAGCACCAAUAACUUGCCCGCUGCUAUAUUUGUAGUCAAGUUUAUUCAUACAGCACAUCUCGGCAACAAGGCAGAUCAAAUUGCUUUACAUCAUAAAAACGUCAUCAAUUACGAAAUAACCAAUAAACAUUACAUUUUGUCAAAGGCAUCAUCAAACAUGUUCAUCUGUGUUUCAUUUACUACUAAUUAAAGGAAACUAAACAGGUGGGGUGUAAGCCUUGAUUUAAAGGACCUCUGUGUUUCAGCUGUUUUGCAGUUUUCUGGAUGUUUGUUCUACUUAUCACCACUACUAGCUCUCAUCCAUGUGAUCAUCAUUGCAUAGCUUCUUAAGCCAUGUCUCAUACAUAUGUUCCACUUUGUGCAAUAUUUUUUUAUACAUUUACAUAUACAUCUUCUUUAUAUCUUACAUUGCUGCUUAUUGUGAUUUUGUUUAUUGUUAUCACCAUGUCUGUUUUUUGCUACUGUGACGUGGUUUUCCAAAAUGCAGGAUUAAUAAAGUGGAUCAUUCAGUCA